AUGUCCAGUUUAGAAAUCUUUGGUGCUAAGGGGAGCUCAUUGCUCACUCUCUCAACCAAUUUGAAGCUCUGUAUUGCGACCAGCGCAUUCCAACCAAAAUUAUCCGUUUCCAAUGAUACUCCAUCUGAUGCUUUAUUAAAAGAUAAGAAGUCUGAUUUUGCUUUACACGAAGUCAAUGCCGUGGUUAAAUACUUGGCCAAUGACUUUUCUACUAAUGAAGCUAUCCAAUUUGAAGAAACUCAAUUGUACAAGGCAUUAAAGUCUAACAAGAAGGAAAAACUUACUAGUGCCGUCAGCGGAUCAAUCACUUUCACCAAGGCCGAAUUGACCCCUGCUCAAAUUAUCCUCUUUGCCUCGGUGUAUCCUGUGUUAAAGGACGCCCCAACUGCUUGGUUCACUGAAUUCCAAGCUAUUCCUCAAGUCGUAGCUGGUAUUGCUGCUGCUCUCGCCAUCACUACUUUAGAACGUGAAAAGGAAACCAACACCGGAACCCAACGUGUCGUUGUCGGUCACUUGGUUCGUCCUCAAGAAAAGGCUAUCCAACCUAAGGAAGGUGAACGUAACAUCUUGGUUACUUCUGCUUUACCAUAUGUCAACAAUGUUCCUCAUUUGGGUAAUAUUAUCGGGUCCGUUUUGUCGGCUGAUAUCUACGCUAGAUAUGCCAAAAAUAGAAAUUACAACUGUUUGUAUGUUUGUGGUACUGAUGAAUACGGUACUGCUACUGAAACCAAGGCUUUAGAAGAAAAAGUCACCCCACAACAGUUGUGUGACAAGUAUCAUGCCAUUCACAAGAGUGUUUACGACUGGUUUGAUAUUGGAUUUGAUUAUUUCGGAAGAACAACCACACAAGCACAAACUGACAUUGCUCAGGAUAUCUUUUUAAAAUUACACAAGGGCGGGUUCUUGGAAGAGAAAACCACCGAACAAUUGUACUGUCAAGAACACAAGGCGUUCUUGGCCGAUAGAUUUGUCGAAGGUACCUGUCCAAAAUGUGCUUACGAAGAUGCCAGAGGUGAUCAAUGUGACAAGUGUGGUAACUUGCUUGACCCGCUUGAAUUGAUUAACCCAAGAUGUAAAGUUGAGGGUGCUACCCCAGUAGUCAAGGAAUCCACUCAUAUCUACCUUAAACUUAAUGAAUUGGAAGAACCAUUGGCUAAAUGGGUUGCCCAUUCUGAAGAAAAGGGUCACUGGUCCAAGAACUCCAGAACCAUUACCAACUCAUGGUUAAAACAAGGUCUUGAACCAAGAUGUAUCACCAGAGAUUUGAUUUGGGGUACUCCUGUGCCUUUGGAAGGUUAUGAUGAAAAAGUGUUGUAUGUCUGGUUCGAUGCUUGUAUCGGUUAUGUUUCCAUCACUUCCAAUUACUUCAAGGAAAGAAGUACUCAACAAGACUGGGAAAAGUGGUGGAGAAACCCCGAAAAUGUUGACUUGUAUCAAUUUAUGGGUAAGGACAAUGUUCCAUUCCACACUGUUGUGUUCCCAUCUUCUCAAAUUGGUACUGAAAUUGCUGCCGGUGAUAAAUGGACCAAAUUGCACCAUUUGAACACUACCGAAUACUUGCAAUAUGAAGGUGGUAAGUUCUCCAAGUCGAGAAACAUUGGUGUUUUCGGUAACAACGCUGCUGAUACCGGUGUUCCUGCUUCAGUAUGGAGAUACUACUUGGCCUCCGUUAGACCAGAAUCUUCUGACUCUCAGUUCUCCUGGGAUGAAUUCGUCACCAAGAACAACUCGGAAUUAUUGGCCAACCUUGGUAACUUUGUCAACCGUAUUGUUAAAUUUGCUAUUGCCAAGUACAAUGGUGUUAUUCCUAAAUUCAACACCAGUGCUAUUCCAGAGUAUGAAGCUUUCGAAUCGGAAAUCAACGCUUUGCUCGCGCAAUACAUUGAAACCAUGGAAGCGGUCAAUCUCAGAAAGGGUUUGGAACUCGCCAUGCACAUUUCCUCGCGUGGUAACCAGUUCUUGCAAGAUAAUAAGUUGGAUAACUCGUUGUAUGCCAACCAACCAGACAAGUCUGAUGCCGUGGUUGCCGUUGCUUUGAACUUGGUCUAUCUUGUAAGUGCCAUCAUCUAUCCAUUCAUGCCUGAAACCACCGUCAAGAUCGAUGAAAUCUUGAAUGUUCCUGCGUUGUCCAUUACUGACAAGUUUGAAUUGGUGUUGGAACCAGGUCAUUGUAUUGGUAAGGCACAAUAUUUGUUUACUAGAAUUGAUGAAAAGAAGAUUGAGGAAUGGAGAGGUAAGUAUGGGGGUAAGAAAUAG